UGGUACUCAUGCAGGAUACAAACAAACACAUCAUAUUUGUCUUCGAAAUCUCAUCUUCUCUUUAAAAAGCCAUUAAAAAAAUAUUAGUGUGAAGGAAAAAAAGAAAUUGAAUCCAAAAACAUAAAGAAGAAGAAAUUAACAUCAUGGGAUCCAAAGAGCAAAAAAAAGCAUUGCUCAAUCAACAAUUGGAGCAACUUGGUUCAAUUACUAAUUCCCCUUCUGUGAAUAAGACAUCAAUCAUUGCCCAUGCAUCAAAGUAUAUAGAAGAAUUAAAGGAAAGGAUUGACAAGUUAAAUGAAGAUGUUUCAACUUCACAACCUUCUCAUCAUGACCAUGAAGAUGCCUUACCAGAGGUUAUCGUAGAAACCCUAGAGAAGGGGUUCAUAAUAAAUGUAUUUUCAGAAAAGAAUUGCCCUGGUUUGCUAGUCUCAAUAUUGGAAGUCUUUGAAGAGCUUGGCCUUGAAUUAUUGGAUGCUAGGGUUUCUUGUUCAGAUUGUUUUCGACUUGAAGCUGUUAGUGAUGAAUCAAACUUUUCAUGCCAUUGCUUUGGUGCCUGUUUCAAGCCAUAUAGGGAUUUAAAGGAAGGAGAAAUUGAAUGCAUAGAUGCCCAAAUGGUAAAACAAGCAGUGUUGGAAGCUAUAAGGGAUUGGAAACAACGCAAUCACCAAGAUUAAUUUAAUCACAUUUACUUAUUUUCUCCAUAUGUUCUUUCAACAACAACAAAAAAAAAAUUCAUCAAAAUAAAUAAAUUUUUUAAUAAAAAAAAGAAAAAAGGGAAAA